CUUCUUUUAAUUAAUUUAUUUUCCUCUUCUAUGUAUCUCUCUCGUGAAUAAGAAGCGCCACAAGCACAAGGAGCGUUCUGUUUUAUUUUCUCUUCUACGACUUUACAUAAAAAAUAUACUAUUCCUCACAUUAUUCUACCUUACUUUUCCUUUUUACUUCUGUUCAUAUAAUUCGAGCGUACUGUUUUUCUCUACUCAUUAUUCAUAUAACGUCAAAGAAAGUUCAAUUCAAAAGAAGAAAAAAGCUAUGGAAUGUGAAAGUGAUAAUCAAGAACGGUUCUGUGCGACUCCUAAGCUUCCUCUCUUCUCGAUUCCGUUAAGCAGAACAUCUUGCGAGACUCCUGGCCUAGCUACGCCGCCUGUAAACAUCGCCGGAUCAGUCCCGUUUAUAUGGGAGGAAGCUCCGGGAAAGCCACGCGUUUUCGAUGAGAACAAACCGCCGGCGUCAAAGCAGAACACCGUACGGUGCCUUGAGCUUCCCCCGAGACUGGUUUUGCAAGCCGCCGUGAAUGAGCCAUCUCCCACCACAGUUCUUGAUGGUCCUUACGCUGUACCACGCCGGUCUCUGUCGUUGACAAGGAGAAGCGAGAAAGACACUGAGUGUCGAUUUGACUUUUCACGUUCCACGAACGGUCGCUGCUGCGACGGAGGCGACACAACAGUGAAGAUCAGUAGAGUUAGAAGAAAAGGAAGUCUUCUGAAUCUUUCUCAUUCCAAAUCGCAGUUCUUGGCAAGGGUUUACAGAGGGUUUAAGCAAGUCAUUCCAUGGAGACGUAGGCAAGAUAAUCUUCCAAGGAUGAGUUCUUCCAACAUCUAAUAAGAAUUUCUCCAGUUUCUUUAUAAUUCUUCAGUUAAUAGACUAAUAUUCCUCUGUGUAUACCACAUAAUUUACAGACAUGAAAAAAGUAAUUACAGUUUUAACUUUCACUAAAUGUAGUAAUUAAUAUAGUCAAAUUAUGACACAUGCUGGUGGGGGAGCUAAGACAAUGCCUCGGACGUUGAGAAACUCAAUAUGUUUUCUCUCUUUCGCACAUCAAACUUGUUCAUGUUUAUAAUAUCGUCUUCAUGUUUCCUUUUCACUAUACAUGUACAUAUUAACAGUUUUGUUUAUCUCUCUUCCGUGUCAAAGUAGUAUAUACUCUUUUCUUCUGUAGUUUUUGUCUAUAACUUUCAUUUUAGACUUGUAUCAUAUCAAUCAAUAUAUGAAGAACUGCAUCUCGUUUGGACUGGAAAACAUCGUUGAAAAUGAGGCUCAACAUAUCCCUGAAAGAAGAUUCAAGAUAGUGAGAAACGGACGACUCAUUAAAGCAUGUAUAGAAAGAAGCUAAUGCAAAACUAGGAGCUUAUUGUUUAAAAGCAAAAGUCUUACGACUAACACACACAGAGACAAGUGAAAAAGACAUUGCUAAUCAAUUGUUUCAAGUACUACAUUGGGGAAACACUCGAAACCUACACCUGUAAUAUUAAACAAAGCAAGAGACAGAACACGUCCAGCCACCAUCCCAGCAAGGUGCAAGCUAUCAUAGCCCCCGUAACAACAAGUAAUUAACAUAAAUUAACUAAUAUGUUUUUUUUUAAAUACACUUUAAAAAAAAACUAAAACUAUAAGAAUUUAAAUGACAUAUGACUUUAGUAAUUAAAACUUUUAGUGUAUUCGUGCCCAUUACAACCCAUGAUAAAUUAUUAAGCCCACGUUGAAUUAGGGUUAGACGUAUGUCGGCGUGUGUAUUAAGCUUAGACACAUAUGCAACAAGUCUUACGCGCUAUUAGCGGUUAUGUCUUUGGCUCUAAAAUCUACGAUUCUACUUCUCAUCUGAAGAUGUCAGAUGUCAGCCCUGAAGUAGUCGCUGAAUUAGUUGCUGAAGCCAAAGUCGUCUAAUAGCACGCGUAAAUGGAGUGGUCGAACAAAGCCUAAGAAUUUUUAAAAUACAUAGAUAAAUUAUGGUAAUUUUUUACAAUUUUUUUUAGAUAUAAUGCUAAAUUUAGAACUUAUAAUUAAAAAAAAUAGACAAAGUUAUUAAAAUUUAAAAUUACUUGAUAAAAUGUACGAUUAAUAAUUUUUGCGAACAGGGGCCCUGGCUGAAGCAGACGUCAUGUUGAAUGAUGAAGACCAUGUGGAGUCAAGGUGUUGAGCUGGAAUCAUGUAGACUUGCAGAGCAAGAAAGUAUCUUGGAGAAAAGGCAAGAGGAAUAAACUUGGGUAGCAAAUUUAUAACCUAAAAAAAGUGAAAUAAGUGCAAUUCCAAAAGAAAAGGAAAGUUGCACUUAUUGUUUUGGAAGAUGUCCAUAUUCUUGAUGCCUUGGAGAAAAAGCAUUGCAGAACGUGGAGUUAAUGAUAAAAUAGCUCCGAGGAUCGUUGGAAAAGACAGAGACUAAUUUUAUAGAGAGAAAAAAACUCUUGAGUGUGGUCUUGGUCGUGCUGAAGCAGUUGCUGAAGUACUGACGGAAGAGAGACAUAAGCUUUGUAGCUUAGGAAUCAUUCAGUAGCGUGUGUUAGAGUGUUAACACUAGACGUGUAAAAGCUGAAUUAAACAGAUCUUGUAAUAAAUUGUUUAAAAUAGAUUCUAAUAAAGCAUAAGUGUUUGCUUGUAGUGUUUGUCUGUCGGUUUACUUUAUGCAGUACUACUGUGGUGUAUCAUUUACAUCAACAUCAUCCUCGACGACUGUAAAAUGAAUCAUUGUCAACGCUGGGUAACUCUGGAGGGACGUACAUACUUUCUUGCUAGAGUGAUAACUAAUAAGUGUGCGCCCUUAAUUAACUGAUUAGAGCUUUGCAGUUUCUUCUGGUAUACUGUCUCAAACACAUGGAGCACAAAUUGAAAUCAAGCCAUCUUAACUUCGUCUGGUAAAGGCUCAUAUGAGUUUUAAGGUUGAAGAAUUCUAUAACCAAUAAAAAAAGUUAAUUGGUAGUAGACAUUUCUGUGGAAAUGUCUCCUUUUUGUUUACAUAUAAACUUAUAUAAGCAUCAAUAUUUUACUGCGGAUCCGAAAUCCUAACCCGAACUGAAAAACUUAGACCAAAAACUGAACUAGACCCGAACGAAUAUUAAGUCAGAAGAGAUUGGAUACUUGGACCGAACAAGUAAUAUCGAAUCCGAAGGAAUAUUCGAACAUAACCAAACAUGUAUAUAUAUCAAGCAAAGUGAGAGCAACUCCAUUGUAACCCAACUAUCUAAAUUAAAUAGACCGUGUUUUUUUACAUUAAAAUCACUGUAUUUAAAAUUAAUAUAAGAUGCAAAUUAUUUUUAUCUUUCAAAUACAUAUUACAAUUACUACUGAAAUAUGCCAUGUGAGUUGGUAUUCUUGCCGUUGGCACAAAGAAUAUGCAUGAAAAAAAUCAUAUCUAUGAGACUUUAGUUUUAUUCGGUUUGAACAUUUAUCAUUUCACUUGUUUUGAGUACUGAAUUUCAUAUAUACAUCGUUUUAAAGGUAUAAUCGGGUUCAAACACCAACGAAUAGAAAAAAAAAGAAUUUUUCUUGAGUUUUAUUGUGUAAAAGGAGAGAGACGGUCGUUUGGUUCGGUAGAAAAAUCCACAUCGCAUGACUUGUUGACGGGAAAAAUAAUCAUUUAAUUCCUGAAGUAUUUGAAAUUAACACUUUUAUUCCUCAACUAUCUACUAUGCAAUUUGAAUGCUCAAAUGUUUGUUGACUUGGCAACAUUACACAUAAGAAAAGUCCACGUUAAAAACAAAACGGCAAACGUUAAUUUUAAAAUUGAUCUCUAUUAUUUUUUUUCUUGUCACCUUCUUCCCCAGAUAAAAUCUUCAACUCUAAGGCUCCGAAUGGUAACUGAAGUUUGAGCGUUGCAGGACAAGCGGUUUAACUGCGAUGCGGUUUUAACAGUUAUAAAAACGUAUAGAUAUAUAGUAUAUGUAGAGAUUUUUGUUACUGUCAACUGCGGUGCAGAACGGAGCGGUUCGUAACAUUGGAAGCCUAAAUCUUCUACAAAUCAAAAGCCAAACCCUUUGAUUCAUUUUCCCCUAAAUCAAACACGUACAUAACCUUGAAUCUAUUUUGACAAAGUUGUACCCGCUUGUUUUCUGAUUUCAAAUUUUUCUUAACCAAAGUUUUCAAAUAUCAUAUGAAUAUGAAUUUUAAUAAACAGAUUGAAAAUUUUGUUUCUCGGAUGUCUUGGAAAACAGAGUGCCAAAUUAGAAAUCUUAAGAAACAAAACAAACAAAUCGUUAAGAAGACAAAUGAAACCUAUAUGCUUUGGGAAAAAUCCCAGAUUGUCAAUCAAAACUAAUCAACUAAUCUAUCUUCUUUCUCAAGGUUAUGUGUUACCAACAUUUUUCUCAAUUAUUUGUGUUCAAGUACCAAGCUCAAGAGGUAUAUUGUCUCUGCAACUUUUUAUUCUUGUUGUUCCUCUUAUUUUACAUCAGAAUCAUCUCUACCAAAAAAGCAACCAUAGAACAUCCCACUUAGCUUUGUUUAUCAUCACUUCCUUCGCUUGUUUCAUUUUCUCAGUUCAGAUUGGUGUUCCUUCAGUUUCCGUUGUCGAAACUUUCGACUUUGAACUACAGACCGUAAUAGUGUGGAAAUGAUUUAGGAUUCUGAGCUUCUUAUUUGGAGUAAAUCUAUUUAAACAUUGAGGUUUUGAUUUGGUGAAGAAAAUUGGAAGAAGAUAAAAAGAAAUUAUAGAAAAUUAAUUCUAACGUCUACCUUUAUGUUUUUAACGUGGACUUUUCUUAGGUUUAAUGUUGCCAAGUCAACAAUCACUUGAGGAGUUAAGACCAUCCGCAACGCGGAAACGUAAAUGGAACUUAGCGCGGAAUCCUAGGUAAAUUCGAGUAUAAUAAUAGUUUUAUUUUUUCUUUAGCUAAGAAAGGGUCCUUAAACAAGGUGUUUAAGGGCAACAUUAUUGGGAGUCUCUUAAGGCAUCCCUUAGGAGAAGAGGGUGGGAACCGAGGAAAAAAGAGAAGGGAAAAGCCCUUAAUUAAGGGCUGUCCCUUACUCUCAAAUGACCAAAAAAAAAAAAACAAGGGACUCUCUUCCUCUCUCUUUCUCUUCAUCCCACCAAUAAUGUUGCUCUAAGGACUUAAUCCUUACGUGCUUGGCAACAGCUGAUAGACGAGGGGUGGUGACUUUUGCUUGUGGGGAAAAAAAUCAUUUCUUUCUGUAUCCCGAAAAAAAAUAGCUCUGGCGAUAUCAAAGGCGAUUCGACGAUGGGAGAAGAUUCAAACAACAUUCCUCGUCGUCUAGCUUCCGAGGACAAGAAUCCGGUGAGUGAGAGAGAUAGAGUCGGCGACCUUUGAUCCACUCGUAAUCUCUUCCCAUCAUCAUUUUACGUAUCGAAUUUAUCAACUUGUUCUGUUGUGUAAGAAGAGUUUCUCAAAGAGGUUACGUUAUAAGAAGAAUCAAUGAUUGGGUUGUUUAAAGUAAAGGAGAAGCAAAGAGAACAAGCUCAGAACGCUAGCAGAGGAGGAGGAGGAGGGGCUUCCGUUAAGAAGCAUUGAAGCAAUCUGCUGGUGAACUUCAUCUUCACAAAGGUCUUCUUUAUAUUCCCUUUUUAUCUUUCUUUCCUUCUUUCUUAUGCUCCCCAAUGGCAAAGAUGAUUUGAUGAACUUUGAAGUCUCCAUUAAACCUGAUGAUGGUUACUACCAUAAUGGUACGUUUGCUUUCACGUUCCAUGUUUCUCAUGUGUAUCCUCAUGAAGCUCCUAAAGCUAAAUGCAAAACCAAGGUUUAUCAUCCAAAUAUUGAUUUGGAAGGAACGUUUGCCUCAACAUCUUGCGUGAAGACUGGAAACCUGUUCUUAACAUUAACACUGUUAUCUAUGGACUCUUCCAUCUCUUCACGGAACCAAACUCUGAAGAUCCCCUGAACCAUGAAGCAGCACAGGUUUUAAGGGAUAACCCAAAGCUGAAACCACUUUAUCCUCCAUUGUAUUUCUCUUAUUCUCAAAGGACCCUUGUUUGUUUGUUCUUGCUUUUGUAAAAUUACAUUCUCCCUUUCCCUUAGAGACUGAAAGGAAAUGAAAACUCAAUAAAUAAAAAAUUUAAAUUUAAA